GGAGACCAGAUAUAGUGAAUGCAGGGUCCGGGGAGACCAGAUAUAGUGAAUGCAGGGUCCGGGGAGACCAGAUAUAGUGAAUGCGGGGUCUGGGAGAGCAGAUAUAGUGAAUGCAGGGUCCGGGGAGACCAGAUAUAGUGAAUGCAGGGUCUGGGGAGAUCAGGAUAUAGUGAAUGCAGGGUCCGGGGAGAGCAGAUAUAGUGAAUGCAGGGUCCGGGGAGAGCAGAUAUAGUGAAUGCAGGGUCCGGGGAGACCGGAUAUAGUGAAUGCAGGGUCCGGGGAGACCGGAUAUAGUGAAUGCAGGGUCCGGGGAGAGACAGAUAUAGUGAAUGCAGGGUCCGGGGAGACCAGAUAUAGUGAAUGCAGGGUCCGGGGAGACCAGAUAUAGUGAAUGCAGGGU